AUUUGUGACAUGCGUCGGGCUGCCACCGAGGCGAAACGAAGCCACGACCACAAGGCCAAGUGGGCUUAUGGCGGGCGCGGACCUCAGGGCUGCCGGCCAUACAGCAGAUCUGGUGCAGUGACUCGUCCUGCCAUGCCAGAGUCUCACUAUAUGACUAUGUCCCGAGCUAUCCGGCGUGUUAACCAGCAUAACCUCGACCACCUGGCCCACGAUGCCAAAACAGCCUUGCGUUAUGAUAUUCGGGAGGAACUCGAUAACGGACCGUCGGACUCAUCGAGUGACGAGGAGGUGAACGAACCGGCUGCGGUGAAGGUGCUCGAGAGUCUCCAAGACGACGAUGCUACCAUGUCGUACGAAGUGUCCGGCCAAACCAUCCUGUCUGAUGCCGUGACCAAGGCCCUCGAGAAGUACGAGACCAAGGAAACGGAGAAGCUCGUCAAGGAGUAUGAGAUUGUGUCGCACGAGAGCGAGAUGGGCGGAGGCUAUCUGGCCGACGAUGACUUUGAGCUGGUCGACCGUGUUCAUCUGUGA